AUGGUCUCCUUCUUUGGCCUCAAAUUUCGUGGCGAUAGGAAAAAGUCUCAAAAGGCUCAGGACAAGCAGCAGCAGCAGCAGCAGCAGCAGAAAAAAUGGGAUCGCAUCGACCAGAACACACUCGGCAAAGACCAGUACUUUGGCCACAACUUCUCCCGCCCCUCGCUCGCCGUCCCCGCUUCUCUCCGACCCGGCACCGCUUGCGCUGGCACCACGGCCCCGGCAGCUCGCACCUGGCGUGCCGUCUUCGGCAACCCUGGGGCCGCCACGUCCAUGACGGAUCUGAAGCCCCCCGUCAUGAGCAACCUGCGCCACAACGCUUCCGAGGUGAGCCUGCGCUCCCACCGCGCCGCCCAAGACUGCACCGCCGGCCUGACCACCCCGGGGGGGAGCGGCGUGCGCCCCGGAUCUUCGACGGCACCCGACGCGUCAAAGUCGGACUGGGUGAAUCCUGUUGAUGCCAAUCUCUGCCGAGACGCCUCCAGCGUUCGUCCUGGCGCCGCACCGGCGACCAAGGCUGCUCUCCCUUGCCGACUCCCGCCCUUUGGCAAGCUUGACUUGAACAUGGAGGCGCUCAUGGACGAGCCCCUUGGCGCCUCCAAGUCAAAGGCAGACGACGGCGUCGGCGCGAGUGGAUACCCGUCGCCUCCACAGUCGGACGGCGUCUCGGAGAGAUCCUACUUUCCAUAUCACCCGUCGAUUGGCCGCGUCAGCCCCGACAGCCGCCCCAGCAGCCGAUGCAACGCGCCGAGCGCCCUCCGCAACGUCGACACGGCCGCCAUCGGUGCCUGUCCCCCGAGCCCGGCCCCGUCCCCUCCCUGCACCAGGGACGGCCCCGACCCGCUCGCCCUGGGCCUGCAGCGCCGGCGGACCUUUAAGCUUGACUAUGACGACCAGCCGACGAUCAAGAAGAAGCAGCACGUCGAGGGCUUCAGCGGCAACUUUGCCGACUUUGACUUUGGCGCUACCGUGUCGAGGCCCGGCGAGUCGCCCGACAGCGCCCGAUGCGAGACUCACAACGGCGCCCAGUCCAAGGUGGACCAGUGGCUUCGGCAGCCCGAAAAUCCCAAGGCACGGCUGCCAUGCCACGCCUCGGCGCCGUCUCUGUCGGGGAUGCGGCCGACGACGGCGACGGCUCCCUUUCCUCAGCCGCCGAGCACCAUAUGCGAAGAAUCCGAGUUUGGCGGCGCUUCUCUGGCGUCGUCGGUAGAGAGCGAUCCCAAACUUGGGUCUGGCGGUGCAGCCGUCCCGGGCCAGAGUUUCCCGGCACGGAUCGACUCCAAGCACCGCUUGCCGAGAGCGCCUCCCCCGCAAGCACUCGGUCCCAUGCCGCCACUGCUGUCGAUGGACCAGGUCAAGCCGAGUCUGCCGAGUCCCUAUGGACCCUCUGCCGAAGGAGAGGGCAACUACGUCCGGAACGCGGACCUGGAGCUCCCGCGUCGGCCUUCAGACCUCCCGCCUGUGAGCCCUCUUGGACGACGGCCAAUGGCGGGCGACUUUCCCAAGUCCAAAGGCGGCCUUCCCCGCGGUCGUCUGCUCGAACCGCCCGUGAUGCCGCUCUCUGGCUCUAGCGACGGCGAGGAGGAAAGUGACAACGAAGAGGGCCACGAGACCGACGACGAAGACACUGGCCCCAUUCUUCCUGCAUGGCCAUCUUUCGAUAACGCCUCUCACCGCCACUCGGCUGUGCCGCCUCCCCUGUCCACCCUGACGCGGUCCCCGGCCCGGUCGACUGCCUCGUCGACUCCUUCGACUGCCGCGCCACGCCUCCCCAGCCCGACGUUCCCGUCGCUGACCACGUCCAUCUCAGGCUCGAGCCUGGACCUGGCCAGGUCGUUUGAGCUGGCCCUGGCGGAGUCGCUGGGCAGCGGCUUAGGGUCGCCGCUGGAUCGCAUCCCGAGCGCCAGCUCCGGCCUCGGCUCUUGCGGCGGCAGUCCCACGCGCGUCGAGGCCAAGAAGGCGCCUCCGCGGCCGGAGGUGCCCGUCACGCUGCCGCCAUCGUUGUCGGACCGCGUGGGGGCGCUUCCCCUGCGGUCGCGGACUGAGGGGGCGGCUGCGGCGGGCUUUAUCUGA